AUUUUAGAUCAUGAUCUGAUAUAACAACAACAAACUCAAUGUAAUCUCAUACCGCUAUUUUUGAAAAAGUAGGGAGGCUAUUUUCGAUAGCCCCGCUCUGAUCAUGAUCUGAUAUUUUUUUAUUAAAUUUCCAAUUUGAUCAAAAGAUAUUUUUACAAAAAAAAAAUGUCAUUUUUUUUUUCCAUAAAAUUUAAAAAGACUAGUACAAUAUUGAGUUAAUGAUGAUUAUUGUACUUCCAUCGAACUGUUUAAUGCUGACAAAAAAUAUCUACCACCAACUCCUCAAUUAGUCAAGCAACAAAUAUCAAUAUUAAUUAUUCUUCUACGAAUUUUAUAACAAUGUUGAAAAUCAAGAUUGUUGAAAUUCUCUUGAUGUGAAAUUUUGUUUUUGACUUCUUUAUAGUAUUUUUUUAUUCAGCUGGCUUCUUCACUGCUAGUGGCCAAUAAAGAGAAAAGGGCUUACUGAAUUGGAAUAUGCUGUGUCUGAAAGUUAGCUUUUCUCUAUGAUGAUUGCUUCACUUCACCCAUGUUGUUUGCUUAAGGUUUGUUUUGUGAAUGAGGAUAGCUGGAGAACAUUUUGUUGACGAGACCGGGUGUGUACUGUAAUUGUGACAAUGAGGCCUUCUCAAAACGCUGAGGAUAUCAAGGAGUUUAACAGAUUCUUUAACCAACCCAUAGAGUAUCAAGAUUCUUUUUUCUUGCCUUCUGUUAACAAUCCGAACAACAACCAAUCGUUUUAUGCUGAUCGUGGUCAGCAGACACAGGUCUCUGCCUUAAAACCCGACCAACACUGCUAUGUUGAAUCAUCCACUGGAAAUUCGAGUGAACUUGUUUCCGAUUCACCUCCUAUUGAUGCUUUCUUUGCUGACGGAACUCCGAUGAUGCAUCAAGGUUCUGAUUCAUGUCGUUCAGACAUGCAUCAUUCUCCUGAUGAAACACAUCACUCAUCGGGUAACAGUUCCUGCUUCACUAGUGAUGUUACUGACCUGAAGCACAAGUUAAGGGAAAUUGAAACUGCAAUGCUGGGGCCGGAUUCAGAAAGCUUGGAAUCAUAUAAUACUACCCCAGUGGCUGCAGCCAAUCAAAUUUCAUCGGAGUCGGAUAAAUUGGUCGGAGUGAUGGAGAUGAUGCCUAGAGGAGAUUUGAAAGAAGUUCUAAUUGCUUGUGCUAAAGCAAUAGCGGAGAAUAAUUUGAUUACAGCUGAAUGGUUAAUGUCAGAACUACGCACAGUGGUAUCCGUUUGUGGGUCUCCAAUGCAACGUUUAGGAGCGUAUAUGCUGGAAGGUUUAGUUGCCCGAUUGGCCUCCUCAGGAAGCUCCAUCUACAAGGCCUUAAGGUGCAAAGAGCCUACUAGCGUUGAGCUCUUCUCGUACAUGCACUUGCUUUAUGAAAUCUGUCCAUACUUCAAGUUUGGAUAUUUGUCAGCAAAUGGUGCAAUUGUCGAUGCCAUGAAAAGUGAGAACUCAAUUCACAUAAUCGAUUUCCAGGUCGCUCAGGGUAGCCAGUGGAUCACCUUAAUCCAUGCUCUUGCAGCCCGUCCUGGUGGACCCCCACGAAUCCGCAUUACAGGGAUUGAUGAUUCCACAUCAGCUUACGCUAGAGGAGGGGGGAUUGAAAUUGUAGGUCGGAGGUUAUCAAGCGUUGCUGCAUCUUGCAACGUACCUUUUGAAUUUCAUCCCGUGGCUGCUUCUUGUUCUGAUGUUGAGAUCAAGCAUCUUAAUGUCCGACCUGGGGAACCAUUGGCAGUCAACUUUGCGCUCGUUUUGCACCAUAUGCCCGAUGAGAGCGUUGGAACUCAAAAUCACAGAGACAGACUUCUGAGGAUGGUUAAAAGCUUAUCUCCCAAGAUUGUUACGUUAGUAGAGCAAGAGUCCAACACUAAUACAGUCCAAUUCUUUCCCAGGUUUUUGGAGACACUGAACUACUACCUAUCUGUAUUCGAGUCUAUAGACGUGGCUCUACCUAGGGACCAUAAGGAACGAAUCAAUGUUGAGCAACAUUGCUUGGCUCGCGAAAUUGUGAACAUACUAGCAUGUGAAGGGGCAGAGAGAGUUGAGCGUCAUGAGCUUCUUGAGAGGUGGAGGUCACGAUUUUCUAUGGCCGGAUUUGAACCAUAUCCGUUAAGUUCCUCAGUGAAUGCUACUAUCAAGACCCUACUGGAGAAUUACUACCAAAGCUAUACGCUUGAUGAGAGGAAUGGCGUUCUUUAUCUUGGCUGGAUGAAUCGCGAUUUGGUUGCUUCUUGUGCCUGGAAAUAGUCAUCCUACCAUAAGUAUAGGUGCAUGUAACUUCUAGCUUGAUAAUGGUAAGAGAUAGCAGCAACUUUUUGUUUGUUUGUUUGUUUGUAUUAAGUUAAAAAGCACCAUAAUUUAAUCUUGUUAGGAUCUGUUCUAUCAGAAACUAAUCAAUGUUUUUAUCCAUCA